GGCACGCAUCAAUUCCAGCCAGUGAUAUACCUCAAGGAGCCCGAGACCGUUGUCGGCGUAGCCGAGGAACUGGAGUCCUUCUUCUACGUCUUCCUUUACAACUCGGUCUGCCUUCUCCGCAACAGCCUCUCUGAUGUGCAAGGACAACUGUGGAUUCCCCCACUACGCACGACUCACCGUGAACCCUUAAACCUGGAGUCCAACCUGACCCGCAGCUGGAGGGGCUCCGGCGUGUGA